AUGGAAAGGACUGUAAGUGUGAACCCAGCUCAGAUUCUUGGGUUACAUCCAAAAAUCGAGGCUGCUAAUUCAAUAGUCAGUCAUGGGAAACCCAAUAAAACCGAAAAAAACCCUUUAGGCCCUCUCGUCCCAAAAUCUCAGACUAAUACUGGCACUAAGAGAAGUGUUCCUUCAAUUAAAGCCCGGCUUUUUCCUCCUCUGACUCCUAGUCAACGACAUGAAAAUAUUUAUACCAUUCCCAACUUACUUACCUUCUCUCGCUUAUUUUCUGCCCCUGUUAUCGGCUAUCUAAUACUCAACGACCACCACGUUUGGGCUUUAGGUCUCUUUGGGUAUGCAGGACUGACAGAUCUACUGGACGGAUGGAUUGCUCGGAGAUGGAAUCUUCAGACAAUCGUCGGCACAAUUAUUGAUCCUAUGGCCGACAAAUCCCUCAUGACUAUUCUCACAGUGUGUCUAGCUAUGAAGGGAACACUUCCUGUGUGGCUCGCAACCAUCAUAUUAGGAAGGGAUGUAGGAUUGGCGAUAAUGGCAAUUUACUACAGGUGGAUUUCUCUACCACCUCCUAAAACUUUGGCUAGAUACUGGGACUUUUCUCUUCCUUCAGCUGAAGUUCGUCCAACUCAAAUCAGUAAAUACAAUACAGCACUUCAACUUGCUUUAAUAGGUGCGACGACCACCAUCCCUUUAGUUACAGCUGACAUCAGCAUGGCCAUGACAACUAUGCAAUAUCUUGUCGCUACCACAACUAUCUGGAGUGGUGCUAGCUACAUCUACUCUAGAGAUGCCGUCAAAAUCUUGACUUCUACUAGUAAAUUAAAGGAGAUCCCAAAAAAAGAAGAUAGAGAAGAAAGAUAA